AUGUCCAAAGCACGUGGUUUAAAGAGCCUUGCAGCACGUCAAGUCGUUCGAGAGAAAAAGAUUGAAGCAUCCCGAUGGCAUUGUUGCAACACUGACUAUGAGACCAUUGAGUCGAUCGCACGGCAUGUUCACUCUUGUCAUGAGUUGGAUAUCGAAGCAUGGGAGACUCGGUUGAAGGAGCAGCGUCAAGGAUCAAUGUCGUGUUCCUCAUCAGAGACUGACAUGGCAGCAUUUCAGCGAAGAAGAGCACCCAAAGGUUCAUCCGAUCCCAUCACUGUGGAAUGCAAGUGCAAUGUGGAUGAAUCAUGUGUGAUCUUAUUCUACAAGUACACUCAAGUAACGGAUCCAUCCUACUAUGCACGGGAGCACCAAGAACGUUGUGAGCAACUUGAUCUUCAAGGCAAAGUGCGUAUUGCCAACGAGGGUAUCAACACGACAUUGGCUGGUAAACGGGUUGCCAUGGAUACCUAUCUCGAUUGGAUCAUUGGCACCGACCUUUUCACAGACGACGAACGAGCUCGAUUGGUAAAGACACAUCCAAAUCAUGUCCAGAACCGCUACACCUUUUUCAAGCCUUCUACUGGAUGUCGCCAUGUCUUUGCUGAUCUAUCGGUCAAGGUCGUCAAGGAGAUUUGCCCAUUGGGUCGACCUGAUAUCAUUGGUGUGGAACAAUUGCUCAAUGAUCCUAUGCAAAGCAGUGGCAAACUACCACCCGCCGAAUUCCAUGACAUGUUGCUUUCACACGCCACUGAUCCUGAUACCAUCGUCCUUGACACCCGCAAUUAUUAUGAAAGCCGCAUCGGUGCAUUCAAAGGCGCUAAGACACCUGCUAUACGCAAGUUUGGUCGUUUCCCUGAUUAUGUGGAUCGUAAUCGACAAGCUCUUGAAGGCAAGACCAUCUUCACUUAUUGUACUGGAGGUAUUCGGUGUGAGAAGGCAACUGCCUACAUGCGACAUGCAUUAUCCAAUGAUACCCAGAUCUUCAUGUUGGAUGGUGGAAUACACAAUUACUUGGAAUGGUGCAAAGCCAAUGGCGUGGGGCAAAAGAAGAACAAGGAUGGACCGUUGUGGAUAGGCAAGAACUACGUCUUUGAUGGUCGACAAGGACUUGCAUUGGAAGAAGAGAAUGACAAAAGGCAAAUAUUGGGAAAAUGCCAAAGGUGCAAUCAGCCAUGGGAUGAUUACCGAAAAUGUUCAUCUACGCAUUGCCACUUGCUGAUAUUGUACUGCCAUUCAUGCGUGUCUACCGAUGAAAACGCCUAUUGCUGCCAAGAUUGCCAACAAGGAAUCAGGGGUGAGGAUGGUGUCUGUGGAUGCGAACGUCAACGACGACAAGAGGAGAUGAAGCCAUUAUGUGUAUAA